AUGUUUUUGAACUACCUAGGAAAAUGUAAAUUAGCUUGCUCCGUUUGCAAAAAAUUAUGCAAAGAUGAGGCAGUUAAAUAUGAUGACAAAUACUACCAUACCAACUGUUUCACGUGCCAAGUUUGUGGAAUUCAACUCCCUACAAGUGGCUUCUAUAAAAAUGAAGAUAAAUUUUAUUGCCACGAUGAUUACCAACAAUCAUUUGGCAAGCGCUGCCAGUUAUGUAACAAUUUCACGGAUGGUGAAGUUUUCACUGCUUUGGAUCUAGUCUUUCACAAAGCUUGCUUCUUUUGCUAUUCCUGCAGUACACCAUUAGAGCCAGGAAACACGGUGAUAUAUCUUAAUAACAAGUUUCUAUGUUCAGAAUGCUUUCAUUGCAAUGAUAAUAUUAAUGAAAAGGAUAAGAAAGCAAUAUUGGCUCAAGAAUCCUAUGUAGAAAACACCACAAGACUUAAGAAAGAUCAAGAAUGCAAUGUGGACUAUGGAAAGUUUUACAAGAAGUCAUUUUUAGAGCAAACAACAUCUCCAUUCAGGAAAGCAGCAUCUAUCAAUGCAUCAGAAGCCUCUCCAAGACAUUUCCAUCGUCCUGAAAAUUUCAGCUACACCCAAGUGGGCAGGGAUUUUAUAAAGCAACCAAAAAGAGAAUCAGAAAUAGCCUUUAUAAGCAAGGCUGCCUGCAAGCCAGCCAUGGACAGUGUUGUGGUGAGUAUCAGUAACAAAGAAGCAGUCCGAUUGUCCAAACUGCCUGACGCUCAACUGAAACCAAAAACUGAACUAAAUGAGGAAGAUGUUGAAGUUGUGUCUCACGCUGAUUCAUCACAGCCAAAAAUUGAAAAAAAUAUAACCACAAGUGUGGGAGAGAAAGGAGAAAAGGUUGAUGAUCCUGAGAAAAAAGAUGGCGAUAUCGAUCCAAUAACAGGACUUAAGAGAUUAAGACCUAAUCCAGCUUUCUCUGUGUAUAGUUCAUUGAGCAAUAUCAAACCGUCACUCAUAGAUCUGUUUAAGAAGGAGCAAAUCUACCCGUACGAAGAGUUAAAGUUUUCAAACUUUAAGAUGCCAUCUGAUGUGGAAAGAGAGUCUGUUGAAAAUUUUCUAUUUACCGCAAUGAACGUUUUCAGAAUUGACUCUUAUUUCCUGACGCAGUUUCAAAAUAUUAUUUUUAUAUUAUAA